GAAAAACAUUUACUUCCCGUUAGAUACAUCAUGUUCUUUUCCCCCAAAAAUUGUGUUUGGUCUCUAGGGCUUAUGGACCAGCUGGUCUACGCCAGGAUGGUUGUGAAGAAAUUGUGCUAUUUGAGUAGCCAUUCUACCUCUUAAAUUUCCGGCGCAAGGUAAUAUUUUUGGGUUUUUCUGUUUUCAAUCGUUCAAAUUGGAAUAUAUAAUGGAAACAGCAGCGAAAAAAUCCAUGAUUUCCGGCAAUACAAGUGAAGGGAUUGAUAGAAUAAGCUCAUUACCAGAUGAGGUAAUCCACAACAUACUUUCCUCUCUCUCUCUAUAUUUGAUGAAGUAGUUCAGUUGAGUGUAUUGUCCAAAAAAUGGAGAUAUAUAUGGACUACAAUGCCUUACUUGCACUUUGAUAUUGAUCAAUUUUGGCUACAACAGCCCAAUAGUGGAAGGAGGAUUUUUUAUACGCCGCCUAAGGAAAAUUUCAAAGACUUUAUCAAUUGGGUCCUAAUUUCCCAAAGGGAGACUAAGCUUGCCAAGUUUCUACUCUGUGUUGCUCCAGAUGAUUACUUUGAUAAGAUGGAGGUUUUGCGGUGGAUUCAUGCAGCAACGAGGCGAAAUGUUCAAGAAAUUGUGUUAGAAUUUACUCUUUGUGAGCCAUUAGAGUUACCAAUUUGUCUUGCAACUUGUGAAUCUUUGCAAGUUUUAAAGCUAAACCUGCCCGACAAUAUACUUAAACUGCCUAAUCAUUUUGGAUUUCGUCAGCUGAAAUUGCUCCAUCUUGAGGACGUUCAGUUAUCGGACAAACAUUCCCCAAAUUGCUUCAUCUCAAAAUGUCAUCAACUCAAAAGUUUGAUCUUACAUGAAUGUGGUUUAGGAGCUAUGACACUACUGUCUAUUGAUUCCAUAUCUCUUAGUUCUGUUACUAUUAUAGCGGACUAUUAUCAAUUGGAUGAGUAUGGCAAAUGCAAACUCAAAAUUUCUUGCCCCAAUCUCAAGUUCUUAAAUUAUGAAGCCCCAAUUCCAAAGGAUAUAAUAAUUGAGAAUCUGCUAUCAAUAGAAGAUGUUAGUAUUGUCGUCACCAUUAUACAAGACACUGAGAUAUUUGUGCAUAAGAUGAUCAAGGAGGUUUCUUCUACAUCAGCUUUGACACUAUGCAAUUAUUCUAUUUUGGGUAUGUAUAAAGCAACUAGCAAAGGAAGCCUCUCCCUUGUCUCCUUUUAUAAGUUGAAGACCUUAAAACUGUAUGCGAGAGUUGAUGGUGAUUUUAUGCAAGCUAUGAUAUUAUUGCUCAAGUAUUCUCCUAAUCUGGAGGUUCUACAGUUGUGGUGUCUUCAGUUGAUUAACAUGGAAGGAAUCUUUCAAGAAGAGAAGCCGGUGAAAUUAGGCUCAAGAACUUCCGUCACUAGACUUACUAAUGAAAGGUUCAAUGGUAAUUGCAAUGUCAUUGCAACAGUGCUGAACUGCGAACCUAUAUUCGAGAAAAGCAGAUCCUGCUAAGCAAAAAUCCACUGACCAAAAUGAUUGACACACCACAGUGAAAGGAAUAGGAUCUGUUAUCAUCGGUUUUAACUUUUAACAUUUACCUUGGAAGUUUGCAACUAUCACCUGUUUACUCAUGCCAUAUGAUUUAAUCACGUUUUCUGCAUAAAACUUAAUGGUAGAAAUGUCUCUGAACUGUGAAUCGAUGUGGGUGAGCUUUCGGUAUUUUGGUUCGGUUUUAUGAACUUCGAUAUUCAGGUUUUCAGGUUUUUGAUUGUCUAUACCAAAUAUCGAACCGUUGUUAGCUCGGUUUGGUUUUUUCUUGUUUGGUUCGGUUUAAUUUUGUUUUUUUGGUAUGAGCUUAUUAUACUGGAUUAUUUUCUGCUUAAAAUGGCAAAAAUCGAUUUGGGUGUGAUUAUUAAUUAAAAACUAAAUAACACAUCAAAAUAAAUUGAGUCAGGAUUUGAUUCCAAUGCUUAUAUAGGAAAAUCUCAUGGUUAUUUCUUUCAAUUGACUUUCUUAAUUGCUUAUGAUGCUGUUUUGUGUCUAAUGCAGUCAUAAAGGUUCAUUUUGAUCUUUUAUAGUGCUGAAAUAAAGUGAGCAUUUUAUGCCUUCCGUUGGGACCAUGAUUCAAGUCUGUUUUCGCACCGUAGGACAAACUCUACGCAGGAAGAUUUCUUUUUUCACGUAGUAAAAUAAAUUGACAUUGUGAAUUUUUAUACUUCGUCAAGAUCUUAUGAGUUCUUUAUCCUAUCUGUCCCAGUCUUGGUGGACAGAGCUUGUUGUUGGUGGGAGGUGGUAGGUCAUGAAAUUAGUUGAGGUGCACGCAAGCUGCGUCGCACAACACAAUUAUUAAAAAAAGAGAGAAGAACUUAUGAGUUCUUUACAUUGCUAACAUCUAUAUCUUGACAUGAGGCACACAAAUGCUAAAAGGUGAGAGGAAAAAAACAAGCAGUUAUCCUUAAUAUUUCAACAAAAGGAGCACAAGUUGGGCAUGAGUUCUUUGGAGCUACUAUAACAAUCUUCCACAUCUCAAAAUGCUCAAAGUAAUUGCAAAAGAAAAUAGAAAUGAGAGGAAAAAAGUCUUGAAGUCCAGCUAAAUAAUGAGUUAGACCUGAAACUUGGUCUACCGUAGUAGUCUACCAAAUAGUUUUGUAUUUUUUGUUUAUCGAAAUAUAUCUUAAAUACAAACCAAUUUUUUUAAAAAAUAAAAAACGAAACCGAUUGAAGAACCGAAUUCAUUCAGUUCGGUGUGGCUUUUUAGUUGUAUGCCCACCCCUAAGUCUAAGAAGCACUGAGAGGAUGAUCACACAACUUAAAAGGAGCAUUAAGUUGAUAAAUGAAGGAGAAUUGUAAAUGUGACCUUGAGCAAUAUCUUUAUUAAAAAAAAAAUUCCAGCAAUCAUAGUAUCUAAAUUUGGCUAUAAGCUGAGGUUAGAGAGCUUUACCAAAUUAAUUUAUUUUCAUUGUAAAAUAUAAAGAUGUAUAAAUGGCACCGACAGAUUCUGAAAUCAACUCAUAUGGAUGCUAGAACUUUGGAGUUGUGUGUUCAAAUGUUCUCAUGCGCAAGAUAUGUGGUCUAAGCAAGCAUUAUUAUAAAUUCACUUGGCUUAAUGAGGAGAUUGCUUGCUUAGAUGACCUGAGAUGAGCAAGAUGUUUGUUAGAUGGAUGGCAUGGUUUGAGUAGUAGGUACCGUGCUCCGAAAUAUGAACAGAUCACUGGGAGUUUUAAUGCACCUGUGAUGCCUAGGGGAAAAAGAGAAGUUCCAAUGAGAAGUAGUCCAAACAUUUUUAUAGUGGAUCUUGUUUGACAUUCUCACUUGUAAUGUAGGAAAUGGGUGCUUAUGCUGUUGGGUUAUUGCUUAUUGUUGUUUCAAUAUAAGUAUUCACUGAAAUGGUUUCUAUUCUAACUCUCAUCUGU